CAACGCAUUUGGAUAUUUCAGCCUUCUUUGCCACUCCGUUAUCUAGCCUUUUGCUUGCAUAAACAAUAGAUUUAGUUCAAUGUUUGGUUGCAUAAUAUUAAAAUGAAAUUUCUACUCGACAAGUAGCACCGGAAGUAUAUGCUGUAACCUUUCACCGCUCCAUGUUCUGAGAGUUCAGAAGCAUGAGGCAUUGGCUAGUAGCGGCAACGUUUGUUUACACUGAAGACAGUAUAAUAUUUUGGAUAUCACACACUCUAUAAUCAGGUAGUUGCGUCCGGACUUAUUUAUGUUGGGCGAAUCUUAUCAGUCCCUCGGAGUGUCGGAGAUGCCGUCUGUCUUGGGACCCAGUAGCCCUGCUGCUGCCGCUCAUGCCGAAGCCCUUGAGAACUCGGGUAGGCUCAUAGACCGACACCUUCAAGAAGACCGCUGCUUCCCGGAUCUCUCAGAGCUUCUCAAUGUUCCCUCACACAACAUGCCGUCUUUGUCUGGGGGGUCCGACAUGGACUACCCUCUUCAGGGACCUGGGCUGCUCACGGUGCCAAACCUCCCUGAGCUCAGUGCAGUCCGCAGGGUUCCCCUUCCCCCUGAGCUGGUGGAGCAAUUCAGUCAUAUGCAGUGCAAUUGUAUGAUGGGAGUAUUUCCUGAGAUCUGUCGGGCGUGGCUCACCAUUGACAACGAUAUCUUCAUGUGGAACUAUGAGGAUGGGGGCGAUGUUGCCUACUUUGACGGGCUCAGUGAAACCAUCUUGUCGGUAGGGUUGGUCAAACCUAAAGCAGGGAUUUUCCAGCCACACAUCCACUUCCUGCUUGUUCUAGCCACCCCUGUGGAUGUGGUGAUUCUUGGGCUCAGCUUUCCUAAAGCUCAGGCAGGUUUAAAUGACAGCAUGUCUGGAGGAAUGCAGCUGCUCCCCGACCCACUGUACUCCAUCCCCACAGACAACACCUACCUCCUGGCCAUCACUUCUACCGACCAGGGUCGCAUCUUCCUGGCAGGGAAAGACGGCUGCCUGUACGAAGUAGCCUACCAGGCAGAGGCCGGCUGGUUCAGUCAGCGCUGCCGCAAGAUCAACCACUCCAAAAGCAGCCUGUCCUUCCUCGUCCCCUCCCUGCUCCAGUUCUCGUUCUCGGAGGACGACCCGGUUGUGCAGAUUGCCAUUGACAACUCCCGUAACACUCUCUUCACCCGCUCAGAGAAGGGAGUCCUACAGGUGUAUGACCUGGGUGCUGACGGCCAGGGAAUGAGUCGAGUGGCGGCCAUGUCCCUGAAUUCCAUUGUGGCUGCAGCAGGAAACGUAGCCAGGACGAUAGACCGCUCCGUGUUUAAACCCAUCGUGCAGAUCUCCGUAGUCCAGAGGUCCGAGUCUUCGGACUGCCACCUGCUGGCCGUCACCCACGCAGGGGUGCGCCUCUACUUCAGCACGGCUCCUUUUGCCCCCCCCCACGCCAGGCAGACGGUGGCACGCCCCAGCCUGCUGGCCCUGGUCCAUGUCCGCCUGCCUCCAGGCUUCUCCGCCUCCUCCACCCUGCCCAAGCCCGCCAAGGUCCACAAGGCUCUGCACAGCAAAGGGGUUCUCCUGAUGACCGCGUCCGAGACGGAGGACAGUGACAUCCUCUGGUGUAUCAACCACGACUCCUUCCCCUUUAAGAAGCCCCUGAUGGAGGCCCAGAUGAUGUCCAAUGUAGACGGCCACACGUGGGCGCUGUGUGCCAUCAAUGAGGAGAAACCGCCGAAAAUCUCCACCCCACUGAACCGGGAUCAGGUUCCCCUCACAGACUCUCCUGUGGUGGUGCAGCAACACAACGUCCCUCCACAGAAGUUUGUCCUUCUCACUGCAAAGGGAAGUCACAUAUUUCACAAGCUGCGGCCGGUGGAUCAGCUGCGCCACCUGCUGGUGAGCGGUACCGGUGGCGAGAGUGAGGAGAUUGAACGCUUCUUCAAACUGCACCGGGAGGAGCAGGCCUGUGCCACCGCCCUCAUCCUGGCCUGCUCGGCCGCCGCGUGCGACAGGGAGGUCUCCCAGUGGGCCACCAGGGCUUUCUUCAGGUACGGCGGAGAGGCCCAGAUGAGGUUCCCGUCGGCUCUUUCCGCGCCCAGCAACGUCGGGCCGCUGUUCGGCUCACCCGUGCCCGGAUCCCCUCUGCACGUUGGUAGCAGCUCCAUGUAUAACCCCAGUUUCCUAGCCACGCCAGCUCCAGGCAUGGUUCCUCAGUGCGUGUCUACGCCCUACGCCCCCGCCGCGCCCGCGCCCUCCGCCCCCAUCAGCGGCAUGUCCCCUGGACCGGAGGUGGUCUUCUCAGGAAAACACAACGGCAUCAGUGUCUACUUCACACGCAUCAUGGGUAACAUCUGGGACGGGAGUCUGGCUGUGGAGAAGACCAUGGUUAAAGGGAGUCAGGCUGUCAGUAUUUUGGAGAGCACGGCGAGCUCAUCUGAUCUGGAGUCAGUUCUUCUGGAGCUGCGUGGUCUGAAAGACUUCCUGGAUAAGAACUCCCAGUUCAGCCCCUCGUCUCUGGGGUCAGCCAGUUUCAGCUCCCCGGCCAAUCUGCAGCAGCGUCUGCUGGGUUUCAUGCGUCCAGACGGCGGUGCUAGUUCUCAGCAGGUCCAGCAGGAGCUCCAGAGGAAGUACCACACUGAGGCUCAGGCUUAUGAGAAGAUGUCCCUGCAGGGAAUUCAGCAGCUGGUGCAUCUCUCCUGCCAGACCCUGGCUCUUUGGAAGCUGCUCUGUGACCACCAGUUCAGCCUUGUCAUCGCUGAGCUGCCCAAGGAGUUCCAGGACCAGAUGAAGGGGGUGAGUUUUAAGGACGUGGUGAUCCGGGGUCGGGAGCUGAGCGGUGCUCUGAUCACAGCCCUCAUCAACGUCUACAUCAAAGACUCUGCGUCUGUGGACGCCAUCAGCACGCACCUCCGGGACAUCUGCCCUUUGCUGUACAGCAGCGACGACAGCGUCUGCUCCAAGGCAAAUGAACUGCUGCAGGGCUCCAGACUGAUCCAGACGAAGGUGGAGAAAGAGAGGACUCUGAGAGACUCCCUACAGCUCUACCAGCAGAUCAGCCAACACACGGACCUGUCUCUGGUCUGCUCCCAGUACAGACAGGUUCGUUUCUACGAGGGCGUGCUGGAGCUGUGCUUGACGGCUGCCGAUAAAAGGGAUCCCCAGAGGCUGGGACCUCACUUCUAUAAGAACGGGGAGCCAGAGGAGGACCAGGCAGGAGCGCUGGCCUUUCAGGAGAGGUUGUCCUGUUAUAAGUGCAUCACUGACACCAUGCAGGAGCUGGUGAACCAGAGUAAAGCUGCCCCCCAGUCCCCCAGCGUCCCUAAGCAGCCAGGCCCCCCCGUCAUGACCUCUGACCCCAACAUGCUCAGCAACGAGGAUGCCACCGCCCAUUUUGAGCAGAUGAUUGGUCUGGCCCAGAGGUCACAGGAUGAACUCUUCCACAUCGCCCUCUACAACUGGCUGAUACAGGCUGACCUCACCGACAAGCUUCUGGAGGUGAACUCGCCCUGUCUGGAGGAGCACCUGAUGCAUAUGAUCAAGCAGGACCAGAGUAAGGUGCGGAACAUGGAUCUGCUGUGGAGGUACUAUGAGAAGAGCCGCAGCUUUGGCAAGGCAGCUCACGUCCUGGCCAGGCUGGCUGACAUGCACAGCACUGAGAUCUCUCUGAAACAGAGGCUGGAGUACAUCUCCAGGGCCAUCCUGUCAGCCAAGAGCUCUUCUUGCGUCUCUGCCCAGGGGGCGGAUGGAGAGUUCCUUCACGAGCUGGAGGAGAAGAUGGAGGUGGUACGCAUUCAAGUCCAGAUCCAGGAGACCCUGAGCAGGCAGUACUCCCAGCAUCCCUCAGUACAGGGAGCCGUGUCACAACUAGACUCAGAGCUCAUGGACAUCACCAAGCUCUAUGGGGAGUUUGCUGAUCACUUUCGGUUGUCUGAAUGCAAGCUGGCCAUCAUCCACUGUGCCGGCCAUUCUGACCCCAUCCUGGUGCACUCCCUGUGGCAGGAGAUCAUGGAGAAAGAGCUGGGUGACAGUGUAGCUAUGAGUCCUGCGGACAGGAUGAGAGCCCUCAGUCUCAAACUGGUGUCUCUGGGGAAGAUCUAUGCAGGGACACCCAGAUACUUUCCUCUAGAGUUCCUGGUGAAGUUCUUGGAGCAGGAGGUGUGUCGUCUGAACUGGGACGUGGGUUUCGUCACCUUCACCAUGCAGGAGAUAGGAGUGCAACUGCCCCGCCUGCUGGACGUUUACGACCAGCUCUUCAAGACGCGGGAUCCCUGUUGGCAGCGUCUGAAGAAGCCCCUCCACCUGGUGGAAUGUAUCCAUGUGCUGUUGUCAGGAUACGUAGAGGACCCCAGCAGAGUGCCUACAUAUGACCGACGGAGGUUUACUAAUGUCUGUCUGGAUAACAUCUGUGGUUACCUCGUGGAGCUGCAGUCCCUGAGUCCCAACUCUGCACUGCAGAUCACCAUUGGCAACUUCAAGGCCCUGCAGGCCAAGCUGGAAAAAGUUCACUGAGGUCACCUGGGGACAGAGGUCCAAGUGUGGUCAGAGAUGGAAUGGAAUGAAACUCUGCUACUAUUGGAGUGCUAAACAUCGUGGUCUAAAAACAAUAGAGUUUUUUUGGUUAAGAAUAACAUGAUUUGAAUGAUUCCCUUCUUUGUCUCUGUGGUGGCUGGGGCUCAAUAGUGAAGUGACAUUGAGAAAACGGCUUGGUCUCUCAGGAGCAAGCCGUUUAGUCUAAAAGAACGACAAACCUGCAUUUUCCCGUGCAGAGUGGUUUAUUGACCAGCUCGUUCUUUGCCCGGCAUCAGAUUUUUACAUCUGUUUUAAACUUAUUUUAUAAAUACAGUAUGCAUUUCUUUUGUGGACAAUGCCGUUCAAGAAAAUGGACAACUGUUUUGAUGUGGCUGUCUGAGUGUAUUGUGGUGGUUUCACAAAAUUGAAUGUUGGGCAAAAAUGAACUGUUGUCAUACACAAUAAGAGGACAGUAUUUCCCUGGGAUGGGAUGUUCAAUUAACCUCUCGUCAUGGAGUUACUAUACUGUUGAUGAGGGUAAAGACUAGGAUUUAUAUGUAGGAGAGGAAUGUGCUUAUAUGAUUGCUCUGAGAUGGCCUGGCCAUUUGUUUCAACUUGAAUCAUCUAAGUCGUGCCAAUUUUAUUCCUGACCGUGUCUUUCCUUCUGCAUGCCUGCCAUGAUUCAGUUGUAAAAUAUUGACUUUUGUUUCAUGGGUAUUGGCCUCUGAAGCAAGCUGAGGACACUGUCUUAAUCACUCAACUCCUUUAAGUCCACUUUGAUUUUCCCCAGUUUAGAUGUAAAGAACACAGUUAAGCUGAUUGUAUUUGGGUUUGUCUGUACCAAUCAACCUCUGUCUAACACGGAGUAGUGUAUUGGUGCUAGUAACAUUGCUGUUGCCUUCUCAGUCCAAGGAAAUGAUAACAAUUUACAUGUCUUGUAUUCCUUAUUUUUCUGAAAUAGCCUACACUUUUGUGUCUGUUAUGUAUAUUGUACUCAGAAUAGGUGCUGUUUGAAAAGCUUUACAAUAAGAUGCUACGCCUGCAAUGAGUUUUUUUUUAUAAAGGAAUCCAAUUUUACAUACAUAAAAUUUCAAUUUGUCACAGGUUUAUACUUUUUUUUUUACUUUAAAUUUGGUAUUGCAUAUUGUACUGGGAAGACUAAUAAAAUGUGCGACCUGUUCAGUAUAAAUAGAAUUUCAAGCAAAUCUUCAGAGUCAUUUUAUGAGUCCUUCAGUGUAAUGUCAAUGAAGCCCCCGUCCUCCUAGUACUAAGCUGACAAUUAACAGAUGCCCAAGGAAGAGGGUUGUUCCCCAGGCCCUAUAUUUUGUGUCCCUUCUGUUUUUGUUGAUAUCAUUUUCCUAAAUGGAGGAUAAUUGAGCAUCGGGGCUGGUUUGCUGCCACUGCAAGGUAGUAAUAAUUGCAGAGACGCUUUUCUUCAAUUAAUCAGGCACAGGCCGCCAAUUUGAAUGUGGUGAAAACAAAACAAUUAAGCUUGUUUUGACUCCAGAGAUGCGAAAUGAUUUCCUAAUUUCAUGAAGCUGUUAAAUCAAACCCAUUUCAAGUUGAAAUGCUUUAUAUAAGAACUUCAUGUGCCCUGACAUAGCAUAUGUAGGUGGUUAUCUUGGAGGUGUUCUAGAAUGAUGAGAAAAUUGUAACAUUGUUGAUGAAGAUGAACAGAAAGCCUUAAUAAAUAUGAUG